ACUACUUCCUGUAUUAGUGGCAUUUUAUGGUAACCUUGCAGUGCACAUUGAAUACGAGUUAACUUUGUUACAAUGUUGCAGUUCGCAGGUCGUCAGUUAUUUCAAUGCAGUUUUAAAGAUCUUUCUAAAUUGGGUUCUUUGGCGUUGAUUACAGCUAGAUUAUGCAGCUCACAACCAAGUAAGAAUCCGGUGGUGUAUUUUGACAUUGCUGCAGAUAACCAGCAUCUUGGGAGAGUCACCUUUGAGUUGAAUGCAGAUGUGGUCCCUAAAACAGCAGAGAACUUCAGAGCACUUUGCACAGGGGAAAAGGGAUAUGGAUACAAGGGGUCAAUAUUUCACAGGGUGAUUCCCCAGUUCAUGUGCCAGGGUGGAGACUUUACCAACCACAAUGGCACAGGAGGGAAAUCAAUCUAUGGUGCAAGGUUUCCAGAUGAGAACUUCAAACUGCAGCACACCGGGCCAGGUAUGUUGACCUGUUCCAAUGCUGGACCAAACACAAAUGGAUCUCAGUUCUUUAUAUGUACCACCAAAACUCCAUGGCUGGACGGAAAACAUGUUGUGUUUGGCCAUGUAAAGGAAGGGAUAGAUGUGAUAACACAAGUUGAAAAGUAUGGCUCUAGAAAUGGGAGCACCUCCAAGAAGAUAACUGUCACAGACUGCGGAGAGCUUGUGUAAAUGUUCUUCUUGUGUUCAUGUUUGUUGGUACAAAAAAAAUACUGAAUAAAAGUCACUUUUUUCUAAUGGCUUCUA